AUGACAGACACUCCAAUUAAGACGCAAGCAGCAAGAAUACACUGCCAGGCCGAGAUAGAUUUGUCUUCUUCUACGUUUGAUGCUGCACGAUACUUGGCUGUUACGCACGCGAACACGACCUUUCUAGAGCUACAAACGACGCUAGCUGCGCUGAGCAAAACGACAAGUGAUAAGACAGCGCAACUCAAAGCUCUCGUGAGUGCGCAUUUUGACCAAUAUCUAAGCUGCCAUGAGGCCGUUCGCACAUUGGCUGCAGACAUCAGUUUGCACCAUCAAGACACUAAAGCACUGAUAACAGACACGCACAAUCUCCACCGCGUUACGGACGCCUCCUUAACGGUCAUGCUACAACGUGCGAGAAAGAUGCGACAAAUUCGCCACACACUUGUGGUGCUGACACGCAUGCGACCCAUUUUGGAGUUGACGAGCAAGAUGAAGGUAAAUCUGCUACUUCAGGAUUAUGACACGCUGGCGUUGGAAUACACAAGACUGAAACACCAGAGCGCAAAGCUGGCAAGCCUUGCCCUGCCACUAAAGCGCGUAGUCACGGCCGGUCAUGACAUUGCAGCUACCGCUAAUACAGAGUUGCUUCAAAAAUUUGAGGAUAUGACCGCUACGGCAGCGGAUCAGAAACACACAAUCAAUGUGUUGACUGCAUUGGGACUGGUAAAAAAACCCAUAUUAAUAUGUAUCACAAAACAGUUUGAGUAUCUGGAGCGCAAGCUAGCGGAAAUCGAAGCUGAAGACACUAGCCAAUGCAUGGCAUUAACGCAUCAUCUUUCUUCUUAUUGUGAGAACAUUAUCAAUGAAUGCGUCGCUGGCCUGGCUCGUUUUUACAACGGAUUAUGGAGCUUCAUUUGUGAGCUUUUAAGGUCCCCGACAGGUGAAAUGGCAGUAAUCAGUAACAACAUAACUUCUUUUGAAGCUGAAAGUGUUCAACAAAAAGCAUGGAAUAUACUGUCGAGGUAUACUGAACUGCUGGAACGCUAUAUAUUACCACCUUCAGCAAAGCGUCUUAAGUUAUUGUCAGAAGUCUUUCGUCAAAUUCGAAGUCUAUGCGAGUGCCCUAAUGCUGCUAUGCUUAACGCGAACAUUAAGCAACUCAGCAAAACUUUCUGUACGAAAUUCCGCACGACAGUUGUACUCGACUUUUUGAAGCAAGAAUGUCAGUCUGCGCAAUCAGGGUUGCUUGCAGAGUAUUUUGAGCCGAUAGUGAUGGUGCUUCCAUCAUAUUCAAGCGAGAUGUCCAUCGCAGCUCCCAACGCAAUCAGUCAUAACCCGCUGAUGGUAACGGGCUCGCGAACAAAGGUGCAGCGUCUGGUCUUGGAAGCUCAACAGGCGUCCAGCGCAAUCAAAAAUGCAUCUCGAAUUUCUUCUGAGUCCAAGAUUUUACUGCAUCAGCCUCUUGUGUUUAAAACUUUCGCUGCAGAUAUUCUACAGCGAUGGGAAAGCAUUUGGAAGAACAUCGGGCACGUGUUGUUGGAUGUGUUGGACAUCACAAAGCAAACCAGUUCAUGCACUGAUAAACUUGUUACUAUUGCGAAGUCUGAAGAUCUAGACGUAGACGUUCAAUUUCGUUCAGAAGUUUUUCACGCUCUAGAAGAGCACUUGCGCGAAAUGUUGUCUGAAUUUCUCGAAAAAGUGGUAGCUUCGUUUCUUGCAGAAGUCACACUUUCAGAUCAAGAUGGAAACUACACUCAUAGUACGGCUAACGGCGCCCAGAUUGGGGCACAAGCGUGUAUUUUGCUAGUUAUCGUUGCAAACUGCAUCGAGUUUCGAGAGAAAUGUCUUCGCAUUGUCGACGGGUGGGUAGCACAGCUGAAGCAUGGAAAUUUUGAUGAAGAUGCUGGAAAGAGUUUGUCAAAGUAUGGCCGAGCAGCUACUUUCGGAACACGAGCUCUUUUCAACGUGGUGCUGAGUGUAGAAACAAAGUGCAUGGACAUUUACUCAUCCUCUCACGUUACUCCGCUGAAGAAAAUUCUUCAAACUGGAGCGGCAGAGGAACCAUUACAGUCUCACAACAGUGGCAGACACAGUUCUCACACUAGCCGCACUGGUAGCCUUGGCAUGUCAACUUUAUCAACGGUGCAGUCCUCAGGAUCUAAUCCUAUGCAUACAACAGCGAUACCCUCAGAUCCACGACAGUACGUAUUUAACGUUCUCUUGCAGCUUAUUACGCUGCGGAGUGAGAUCGAAAUGAGCAUAGGAUGUUACCCUCAAUGCUGGGACUAUAUCCGCACCGUCACUGACCCUUUAGUCGCAGCAUUAGCUGAAUUUCUUCAGGCGUCGGCACUUAGUUUACAAGGUCCCGGCAAUUUGGAGUGGACACUAUGUCAGCUGAUUGUCGAAGUACGGUUUUUUCAAUCGGCACUUAGCGAUUUCCUGACAGAGGGCACUAAAGCUCAAAUGAAGGAAACUGAGAAACUGCUCAUGCAGCUUGAGGCUGGAAGUGAGGCUACAAAAAGGAGCAACGAUAUUUUGUUUAACCAGAUUAAGCAUCAGACUAAGUUAUAUCUUCUCGCACUUCAGCACUGA